GAGUACCCAGAGCAGCCGACCCUGGCUAGCUCUAGCUUGUGUAGUUGAGUUCUUGUAUUUGCUUGAAUCUGCAAAAAAAAACUAGAGACAAAAGGAGGACGGGAAACGGAGAGAAGGAUCAUGGACUACAGCAUGCAGGGAUCCAAGGACUCGUACUCGCCGCAAGUUCACAACCACUUGUACCCGGACUCUCAGCCAGGGCUGUAUCCUCCUCCGCCGCAGGGGGGCUACGGCUACGGCUACCAGUACCAGGGCUACCUUGGCGAAUCGGCGAACCCUCCUUAUUACUACUACACUGGCAGCUGGCCCGAGCAGCCCCCAGCUCCGUCCGACGGCGCCCCCUUUCGCUACCGCUACCUGCAGGACCAGGACGAUGCCGACUGCAUCACCUUCCUCAGAGGAUGUCUUGCUGGUCUGUGCUGCUGCUGCUUACUGGAGCGAUGCUGCAUCUAAGGAGGAUGGCGUGCAGUGCUGCUGCCUGGAGCACGCAUGUAUGCAGCAGUGUGGUGGUGACAUAAUAAUAAUAAUAAUAAGCUGCUGCGGCAGCAGAGAUGACGGUUCCUGCGUUGACGGCGCCAUCCAUGUAAAA